UGGGGUGCGAUGGAGUUCCCACAACACAGCCAGCAGCUGUUGCAGAGGCUCCGAGAGCAGCGGUCCCAGGGUUUCCUUUGUGACUGCACUGUGAUGGUGGGUAACACCCAGUUCUUGGCCCAUCAGACUGUGCUGGCCUCCUGCAGCCCAUUCUUCCAGCUUUUCUACAAUGAGCUGGAACUAGACAAGAGGGAUCUGGUGUGUAUCCACAAUGAGAUUGUCACAGCCCCAGCUUUUGGCUUGCUUCUGGACUUUACGUACGCUGGCCAGCUGGUCCUGAGGGAAGAUACCCCUGUGGAGGAUGUGCUGGCAGCUGCCAGCUACUUGCAUAUGACUGAUAUCAUCAAAGUGUGCAAGCAGCGGCUGCAAGCCUGGGCCCUAGUAGAAGCGGAUAGUACCAAGAAGGAGGAAGAAACCAACUCACAGCCCCCUAGUUUGGAGUUUUUGUCCACCACUUCCCGUGGCCCCCACCCUUCGCUGGCAUCUGCUGAGACAUCAGGCCCUUGGGGCAAACGGGAAUGGAAAGGCCCUGCUGUUCCCUCACCUACUGGCUGUCCUCCAGAUGAGCCACCAGUCCCCGGUGGGGCUGACACUAAAUAGCCUGGUGUGGAGGUUGAUUCACCUCAUCUACGGGCACCUCCUCCACCAGUGGCUGAUGUCUCUCUUGCUAGCCCCAGUAGCUCCACAGAGCCUAUACCUGCAAACUGCUUUUCUUCUGGCCUCCCAACAGUUUCAGUGGAGCCACUGGUUCCCCUUGAUGUGGGUUCUGAGGGUCUGAGGGUAAUAGAACCGAGGGCUACUGGAGGACCAUUGCAAGCCUUGUAUCCUGCAACUUCGGCUGCAGCCCCAGGCCCAGCCCCAGUUCCAUCCCAGGCUCCAGCCCCAGCGGAAGCUGAGCUGGUCCAGGUGAAAGUAGAAGCUAUUGUGAUUUCCGAUGAGGAGUCUGACGCGUCAGAGGAACAGCCUCAGGGUCCCGAGGGACUGUUCCCACCUGCAGGAGCAAUGUAUGGUGGACAGCCACCUCAGCCAGAGGCUUUUGAGGAGCCAAGGGCAGCAGGACCGGAGGAGGUGGGGCCAAGUGACCACUUCCUGCCCUCAGAUCCUCACCUGCCCUACCAUUUGCUGCCAGGUCCAGGGCAGUAUCAUCGAGGACUGGUGAACUCACCUCUGCCUGCUUCCCCAGCUCUGCAUGAGCCUCUUUACCUGCCUUCUGAGUAUGAAGCAGCCCCAGGAAGCUUUAGGAUUUUUACUGAAGACGUUCCUACUUGUAAGACAUGUGGGAAGAAAUUCUCAUGCUCUUACACGCUACGGCGACAUGCCACAGUGCACACACGUGAGCGACCCUACAAGUGCCGCAACUGGCUGCGCAGCUACACGCAGUCAGGGGACCUGUACCGCCACAUCCGCAAGGCUCACAGUGAAGACCUGGCCAAACGCGGCAAACCAGAUCUAGAGGCCAGCCCCCUCCUAGGAGUGCAGCCCCUCCCUGGCUCCCCUACAGCAGACAGACAGAACAGCGGUGGUGGAGGGCCGCCAAAAGACUUUGUGCUUGGCCCCAAAAACUAA